AUGGAGGCCUUUGACACGGCCGAUCUCGACGCCCAGAUCGCGCAGCUCCAGGCGUUCAAGCAAGAGCGCCUCGCCAAGGCAGACGCGGACGCGCGAGAACGCGACAGGAACGCAGCCAAUGUUCUUGUACACAGCACUCCUACCAAGGCCAAAUCGAUACCUUCCGACCUCCCGGCUCCACCCUCCCAGCCCAAGUUCUCAUCGUCUGCCUCGGCCUCUGGACCUUCUCGGCCUAGGAAGGCGGCACUCCCAGCCCUUCCCUCGUCUCGGAGCAGCUUUGCCACGACUCUCGCGCGGAUACGGGCAGACGACGGUGGGAGCGGUUCCGAACCAGCUGUUCCCUCUCACGAUCUGCGGCUGGGACCGGGCGAGUUCGGCCCAGAUCCUGAGGACGGGGACGAAUGGCGCUCCCUUGAACCCAACUCUGGCAUCCGCCUAUCAAAGCGCGCCAUGUCCCACGCCGAGGUUCAAGAACACCUGCGCGGUCGCUACUUCCUCCCGCCAGCGCGGAUCUACACACUCGCGCGCCUCAGUCGCGACGGCGCGACAUACAGCCUGCCCGUCGACGAGGAGUGGGUUACGAUUGCGGUCGUAGCCGAGCGCAGCGAGGUGCGCACGAGUGGGGCCAAGGAGAGCGAAGCUGCCGAUGACGGUGACGACUUGGAUGACGACUCCUGGGCCUCAUCCAAGUGGGAUCUGAAAGGCAAGGGAAAGAGCAAGGACAAGGCCUCAAAGCAACGCACACAGCGCAAGUAUAUCAGCCUCACGCUUGUCUCUCUCCCGAACCCCUCCCAGCGUGGACGACCUAGCGGUGACGCGCACUUCCAGCUCCUUCUCUUCGAGGCCAACGCCAGUUAUUGCAAAGGUGCAGAGCCGGCCUACCGCGGUGGAUCCGGCGGCGCGUACGAGAAGUGGUCUAACCUGGCUGUCGGGAGUGUGAUCGCCAUUGUCAGCCCGCGCAUUCUACGUCCAUUAAAGUCUGGAGCUAAACCCCAUCCUCUGACACUUCCCUUCGCUCUCAACCCAACCUCCGCUACCUCCAUCACCAUUAUCGGGCACGCGACUGACCUUGGUAGCUGCCCCGUGCAAAAGCGCGACGGUACCGUGUGCAGCACAUGGAUCGACGCUCGACAAGACGGCCUGUGCGAGUACCACAAGUUGGAGGAGUUGAAGCGCGUCCGCGGUGGACGUGGGGAAUUCGCCUCAGCAACAUCGGCAUUGGAAGGCAUGUACCGCACCGAGAACAGGGCUGGCGUCCGACGCAUACCACAAGGAGAGAGCGAUGGUGCGACCUACGUCCUCGGAGCAGGCAAGGUCGUACACACAGGAAAGCGCAGUGCGCCUCCACCGACCCGGUUGAAUAAGCGGCGGCGCGAAGAUAAGGCCGCGAUCGCCGCGUCUCUCGCGCGUCUCCUCGAGCGUAAGGACGACAACUCGCCUGGUGCUCAGUACCUGCGUGCUGCAGAGGCGGAGCGGCAGGGCACUAGCGGUGCUGCAAAAGCCGUGACGCCCACGGCGCGGAGACAUGUCUUCUCAACAGCUGCUAUCAACGCGAUUGGCUUUGACCCACACCGCAAUUUGGACAGCUCGGCACAACGAUCUGCGCUGAUAGCGGAGCUCAAGCAACCCGUCGAUCGCACGAAGCUCGUACACAAACAUAGUGAACCCAGUCCGGAGAUGAUUGACCUCGACUAG